CACUGAGCUACAGCUUCUGAGCCUGUUUUUAAUUUCUUAGGGAACCUCUGCUCUGCUUUCUGUGGUGGCCACACUAGUCAGCAUCCUCCCAGUGUGCAGAAGGUUCUGAUUUCUCCACAUGCUCACCAAUACUUGUUAUUUUUUCUGUUUUUUUUUUUUUAAUAGUAGGAGGCUCCCUGCCAUUUCUUUUUAUUCAUAGAAUUCUCGAACACUUUAAAAGUGUUAUGUAGAUUUUGCAUAAAUGUCGUCAUCGUCUGUAUACUGUCCUAUAAGUUGCUUUUUUCCGCUUGGUGUCAGUUGUCUGUCCUCGCUCCAUACUGACCUGCGUACUCCAUCACACGAGCAGACCUGAUUUGGACCCUUUCCCAGCCGUCUCUCAGUUCAGCUGUCUCUGCUGUACUGUAGUCACUGCCCUCUGCGGGACAGAACCCUGAUCUUGUCAGAUUGUCCAUCAGCUGGGGACCCAGUGAUCAGUCGUGGCAGGGCGGCUCAGGGCUGUCAGUAAUAAUCUGCUGGGUCUGCCAUUCACAGCCGAGAUCAGCAACCUCAAAAUAGCAGUUCUUAUGUAAGGUGGUGUGGGCUGCCCUUCUCAGGACACCUUGUGAUCUAAAGGAGUAAGAGGCGCUUGGCUUCAGGGGCCCAGCUUCCCCUCUUACACAAUGCACCAGCCCCCGCUCUGAUUCCCACAGGUGGUAUAACCCCCAAACUCACAGAAGUGCAGCUUGGUGACCUAGAAACACUGUGGGUGUGACCUGCUCAGCCACAGGGUGUGCUGUGUGUGCCUGAACACAUGUGCAUGCGGUGGUGGUGAUGAGGGUCAGCGCUGACCACGUCCUCUGCCCAGAUAAGAGCUGUGUCAUGCCUGCUAGGCCAUAGAGAACCCAGAAAGGACUGUUCAUUCACGAGCCACUUAGGAGGCACGUUCUGUGUGCCCAUCUGGCUCUGAGAUUUGGGAGUACAGCAUUGCACAAGAAAAGGCUCUGUUCCCACGGACCUGAGAAUUGAGCAGCCCAGCUGCCCCGACGAUGGUGGACCAUUUGGCCAACACGGAGAUCAACAGCCAGCGCAUCGCGGCAGUGGAGAGCUGCUUCGGGGCGUCGGGUCAGCCACUGGCCCUGCCAGGCCGCGUGCUGCUGGGCGAGGGCGUGCUGACCAAGGAGUGCCGCAAGAAGGCCAAGCCGCGCGUCUUCUUCCUCUUCAAUGACAUCCUGGUAUACGGCAGCAUCGUGCUCAGCAAACGCAAGUACCGCGGCCAGCACAUCAUCCCGCUGGAGGAGGUGACGCUGGAGCCGCUGCCGGAGACCCUGCAGGCCAAGAACCGCUGGAUGAUCCGGACGCCCAAGAAAUCCUUCGUGGUGUCGGCCGCGUCCGCCACGGAGCGCCAGGAGUGGAUCAGCCACAUCGAGGAGUGUGUGCGGCGGCAGCUGCUGGCCACGGGCCGCCAGCCCACCACGGAGCACGCGGCGCCCUGGAUCCCCGACAAGGCCACGGACAUCUGCAUGCGCUGCACGCAGACGCGGUUCUCCACGCUCACGCGGCGCCACCACUGCCGGAAGUGCGGCUUUGUGGUGUGCGCCGAGUGCUCGCGCGAGCGCUUCCUGCUGCCGCGCCUGUCCCCCAAGCCCCUGCGCGUCUGCAGCCUCUGCUACCGCGACCUGGCCGCCCAGCAGCGCAGGGAGGAGGCGGAGGAGCAGGGCCAGGGGUCCCCAGCACAGCUGGGCCGCCUGGCUGGGGCCGUGUGCGGAGGGGCGUCCAGUGGCGAUGAUGAUGACUCAGAGGAGGACCGGGAAGGUGGUGGGGACGGCGACUGGCCCAGCAGCGUGGAGUUCUAUGCCUCUGACGUCUCUUGGUCAGCCUUCCACAGCUGACGCCGCCGGCAGGACUUCUGCAUUUGGGGCAGCUGCACUGCCCAGGCCCGGACAAGGGCAGUGCCAAAAACUGCCCCAUGGUGGUGGGCACCAUGUGGGAAGUGGCUCUUCCCCUCUGGAUUCCCCAGUGCCUUUUUGUUGGACAUCAGCACCCUUCUAGUCCCACAUCGGGUAUCUUUCUUUGUGUUUAGCAAUUCCCAAAACGCCUAGGCCUCUUGGGGACAGAUGCCAGCUUUCAGCCCCUUCAUCUGCAGCUGCAGAAAAACCAGGCAUUUGGGGAUCAGAGGGAUUAGGAACACGGAGGGAACACAGCCCCGCCACUUCCUGCCAGGCCUCUGGGGCAGACGGUGCCUUGGAGUGGGGACGCCCAUCCUGGUGCACUGCUGUCCCUCCAGGGCCCCACUAGCCUUGGCCAAAGCCCACUGUGGCACAAAGUGGGGUCCCUGUUGUCCAGAAGUGGUGCUCGUGGGGCUGGGAACGUUCUCCUUGGCCCACACAGCACAUCUGAAACCCUCCAUUCCCAGGGGUAACAUCAUCCUCUUGGGCCGGUUCUCAGAGUACGAGGCCGGAAGUCAAGGCCUGCCCACCACCUUGCUGGUGCCCACUGCCGCUCCAGGCUUGUGGGAUCCCCUCAGCCAUGCAGGAGACUGCCAUGCUGUGGGUGCCCACCAGGUCUGGGGGACUGCAGCCUGAGCUGCCCUUGGCGCUGGACCGCUGAUGAGGAGCUGUCCAGGUGUCCAGGCCUCUUUUUAUCUUGUCCUCAGCUUUCCCUGCAGCCAGUGAAACUGGCGUCAGGACUCAGUCGCAGGGACAGAAACCCUAACUUGACUGGCUUAAUAAUAAAAAGAAAGUUUAUUGACUUGUGUGGUCAACAAAUUCA